CCACGGAUGAAGUGCUUCACCUACUUUGUCCCUCCAACUGAUCGGGGUGUUAUCUGCAGGUGUUUCGUUCAAAACAAAAGUUGCCCACGCGAAGCGACCACAUCGGAAACGAUAUUCUUCAAGAGACAAGUGGAAGUUCUGAACUAUGGAGCGCUCUAUACAGAGUCACGAAAAGCAAGCUGACAGCAGACCAACUACAAACGAAAGUUCCAUAAACGGACAAUUGGACGGCUUGGCAAUAAAAGACAACCGGACCGUGGUGUAUCAGGGGACGGAGACAGCGGGUGAGUCGAGCUCGCACACUGGGUCCUCCGUUGUAGAGGGUUGGAAGAAUGAGCGGACCCGAAGUAUGGAAGACAACGAAAUGAGCCUGCCAAGUCUUGCUGCUGCCUACACCACUAUUCUCCGGGGACUCGGAGAGAACCCACAAAGACAUGGACUUCUAAAAACUCCGUGGAGAGCUGCUACUGCCAUGCAGUUUUUUACCAAGGGCUACCAGGAGAAAAUCAUAGACGUAAUGAAUGACGCCAUCUUCGAUGAGGACCACGACGAGAUGGUGAUCGUGAAAGACAUAGACAUGUUCUCCAUGUGUGAGCAUCACCUGGUGCCCAUCUUUGGAAGGGUCCAUAUAGGCUACCUCCCCAACAAGAGGGUACUAGGUCUCAGCAAGCUGGCCAGGAUUGUUGAAAUCUACAGCCGUCGUCUGCAAGUUCAAGAGCGGUUGACCAAACAAAUCGCAGUGGCGAUCACUGAAGCUCUGCAGCCUGCCGGCGUGGGCGUUGUCAUUGAGGCAACUCACAUGUGCAUGGUAAUGAGGGGGGUACAGAAGAUGAACAGUAAGACAGUGACCAGCACCAUGUUGGGGGUGUUCCGGGAGGACCCCAAGACACGAGACGAGUUCCUCACCCUCAUCAGGAGCUGAAAGUCACCGCUUGUGCACAAACCUGCUGCCCAACCCAGCACUGUCCCCUCUGCCCCUGUUGCAUGGCUGGAGCAGGAUCCAUCCACACAGCUGUUUCUGUAUGAAGCCUAGAAUCCAGGCUUGCGGAGUCUGGUUGCCAGGUGUUUGUUGUUUGUUGUUUGUUGUGUGUGUGCGUGUGCACGUGUGUGCGUGUACAUUAGUCUUAAUAAAUGGAGUCUGUCAGAAUUAACAAGAAAACUAAACAAAAAAACCCCAGAAAGAAUAGUUUGGCUCAAUGAUUAGUGUUUGAGAUCUUACUUUAAUUUUAUUUAACCACCAAAAAUAAGUAUAUCUAUUUUUUCUCCUGGGCAUUAAAUCUGACAGUCCGUCAGAUUUCUCCAAUUUGGAUUUCUCAAAUUAGGUUGUUAGAAGCAGAAGUCUGAUUGGACCUUGUGUUCACUUAAAGACCAGGUGUAUUUGAUCUUUAAUCGAACAUAUGGUUAGACCUUUUUCAGAUUUAUUUUUGCUAUAUAUUUGAUCUUUUAUCAAAAGUCAUUUAAGCCUAGUAGGACCAUGUUUCAGUCUUACUAAUGGUAUGUAUUCUAGCUUCUUUAGAGCCAAAUCUACUAAAAUGUGCCAAGUGCCAUUUUUCAAAUGGUGUAAUAUUUCUGCCCAAACCCACAUGUUAAACUGUACCAAAAAUGAGUCCCAGUCCACUCAAAAAAAAAUGUGGUUACUACCUCUUGACGUACAGUACACUUCAUGUAGCGAAUGGAAACGUAUUCCUCAGCCUUAAGUGUGCAUGUUUGUGGCAUUCAAGCUGGCUUUUUAGUGGCGUAACGUUGUAGACAAGCAGAGGAGGACUAACUUGAGCCCUUAGUGGGACAGUUGGAUAGCCGAGGAAGAGGUACUCGCCCGGCACUGUGACGUCCUUUACACAAUCAGUAAUUCAGGAAACCAACAACAGUGGCUUCCUGAGGGAACGUGUGAUCUUCGAGUGAUUUGAGGUAAUGUCACUGUUUGGAUUUUGGUAUUUUUUACUGGAGGGCCAAUGUUUCCAUGGGGUCACACUGACUGGAUGGAAAACUCGAUAGUGACAUGAAAGAUGAUCUCACGGAAACAAAAUGGUUAGGACGGCCUAUAGAAAAUACAACACUCAACGUGUAACACAUUUUAGCAAUGACAUUGCAAUUGAGGGCUUCUACCAUUUUUUAUAUUUUUCUAGCAACAAUACAGUAUCUCACAAAAGUGAGUACACGCCUCACAUUUUUGCAAAUAUUUGAUUAUAUCUUUUCA